AUGGACGCAGUGAAUCGCGCUGAGACUGGUGCUGUUUAUUCCCCGAUUACGAACGAGGGGAAACAAACGCCUCCUCCAGAGAUGAAUACAGACGCGGCCACCCCAAUUCACUCCUCACCACUACCGCACAGGUCCAGGUCCAGACAAGGCAGCGUGGCUCGAAAGCGUACGAACGAGGAGAUCUAUCAGCCGGUUGAAGCGCCGAAAUCGAGUCCUACAAGCACUAGAUUCCAGAGAUCUGUUACGCUCCCAGCAAUGCCCGAGUCUCAAGCGUUCCAUCCUGGGAACAACCCUGAUGAGCAUCAAGGAUGGCCUCAUGCCAGCGAGAAACCACUGGUUCAGCCAACCGCCAGAGAAAGCGAUGCAGCUCCCGAUCCAUUGCCCCGACGCAAUAGUCUUGUCAAGGAGAUCCACGAUUAUCAGCAGCAAUUGGAGCUCGAAUUUCAAGAGUUCGAGCGAGCACUGAACGAGAGGGACACUUCGGUCGACUUGGAUCCAAUGGAUUGGGACGAUCUUGAAGCGCGGUAUAAAAGGGAGGUCCAGCCUUGCAUCGCCGCCGAAAGGGAAAUCAUGGAUGAAUUUAAUGCCCGCUUUAUGCAAUUCGCGCUGUAUAUGCAAGUUUCAAACGACCAUGAAUCUGAUAGGGCCAUCAAGAGACUUCGCACACGGAUUGCUCUUGCUCAGAACUCGGAGAAACUAUUGGCUCAGAAGCAAGCCCACCAUGCAAAGGUGCUCGAGGCAUUUCAAAGUGCGAUGGCACUCCUAGACGUGAUGUCUGAUGAGUCAAAGUCAAAUGCAGACAGAGAUCUACUCGCGCGGCUAAAUGCGCUGAAAACGUCGACGGUAUCUUUUGAACAGACAAACUUUCGAACCCCUCUCGGGAAAGGCUCUCCUAUUUCGCUUGACCCUAGCCCGGCUCGCGCUCUCCAUUCCGACCUUCUGACGAGAUGGAAAUCUCUUGGAGGCAGCCCUUCCUCUCAAUUCAAAGACCCUGCCACUUCGGCAGAACAGUCUCAAGAUCAGAAAACUGAAGAUGAGAAAACAGUGGAGGAACUCCUGGCAGAUUUAGGGCCUUCAGAUGCGUGGGAAGUCACACAGAGUGAAGAGGAACAGGUCGCAGAUCUGCUGCGGACUGCAAAGUCUGCGCUGGCAGAUGCGUCACAAACAGAAAGUGAACCAUUACGAGAAGAUCAGGCUGAAAAGGCAGGAGAUGAUUAUAUUUCUACAAAGCUCCCGGCGAUUGAUGUCUCGGUUUUUCAACCUGGACCGGAAGCAGAGGAGAGUCCAGUCGCCGCGGUAGGCACCAGGUCGAAAGACACUUUGGACCAGGAGGCAGACGAACUGCUGGCAAGGAUUCUAGAUGAGGCCAAUCUUGAAACUGCAGAUUCACAGGAUGAACACAGGAGUCUGCCAGAGGAUGAAGACGGUGUGGCACCAAGCGAUCCACGGUAUGCAAGCCCGAGCCCAGGACGGGAUGUUUCUACCUUCGACCUUCCAACCACACCUUCAAAACUGCCAGACCCGGUAGCCUCCACAGAACAGUCAAAUGAAGACGACGACCUAGCCUCUCGUUUUGCAGGCUUGUCCCUACCAGCAGUCCCCACCGGCAUGAAAUCUACCAAGUCAUCAUCUGCUGCGUCAAAGCCCAAGAUAGGCUUCACCGACGAGGAAAUUGAUACAUGGUGCAUCAUCUGCAACGAUGACGCUACGCUCCAGUGCAUCGGCUGUGACGGAGAUCUCUACUGUACCAACUGUUGGAUAGAAGGCCACAGAGGCGAGGGCACCGGCCUGGAGGAACGAAGUCAUAAGGCUGUCCAAUUUGUCAAGGGAGGCGGCAAGAAAAAGGCGCCCAAGAGAAGAGUCAUGAUGGGUGCUUGA